ACGAUUUUCGCGAAUCUUCUCAUUUCAACAACGUGUUCAAUGAAUGGGGUUGUAUAGUCGAACCUGUAUCCCUGUGGCUCCGUAGCCAGCAGUGGAUAGUUAAAGGUGCAACUCACGGUGAAAAGACUUGCGUCACUUCGAUCUUUCACCGGCGUUUCCUCAGUCCUGAGACUUCCCGCAGCGCGUAGUGCGCUGCGAGAUGCGUUAGCUGCCAACUUCGCGCAUUCAACAGCGUACCCCAACCUAGCGACCUCGCUCCCCAAACACACAGCAAGGCCAUGUCGUACAUGCUCCAGCACCUCCACAAUGGCUGGCAGGUGGACCAGGCCAUCCUGUCAGAGGAGGACCGGGUGGUGGUGAUCCGCUUCGGCCACGACUGGGACCCCACCUGCAUGAAGAUGGACGAGGUCCUGUACAGCAUUGUCGAGAAGGUCAAGAACUUUGCCGCCAUCUACCUGGUGGACAUCUCGGAGGUGCCGGACUUCAACAAGAUGUACGAACUGUACGACCCGUGCACGGUCAUGUUCUUCUUCCGCAACAAGCACAUCAUGAUCGACCUGGGCACGGGCAACAACAACAAGAUCAACUGGGCCCUGGAGGACAAGCAGGAGAUGGUGGACAUCGUAGAGACCGUGUACAGGGGGGCACGCAAGGGCCGAGGUCUGGUCGUCUCCCCCAAGGACUACUCGACAAAGUACCGCUACUGAGGCGGCGCCGGGUGGAACCUUUUUAUUGCCUGCGUCUCUUCUUGGGCCCCUUCUUCCGCUUGGCCAUGGGACGGCUGCACUGGCCCA